AUGUCGGCGCAGUAUCAACAAAGAGAAAAUUACAACAACCGGAGGUCAGAUAGCUCGGAAAAAUACGAUGCACCUCAUAGAAAACCUUCUCGCCGCGACCAGAGUGCAAGAUCUAGCGACGGCACAUUUUCCACAAUGAUGAGCUCUUCAACUGGCAGAGAGUCUGCUGCAACGCAUGUUACUGAGGGCCCGGCCUACUCGAAGAAGAUUGUGGUUGUCGGAGAUGGAGGAUGUGGAAAAACAUGUCUCUUGAUCAGUUACAGCCAAGGAUAUUUCCCAGAGAAAUACGUACCAACAGUUUUCGAGAACUACAUCACAUAUCCUACCCACGCCGGGAGUGGAAAGACACUUGAGCUGGCACUGUGGGAUACAGCCGGGCAAGAAGAAUACGACCGUCUUCGACCACUAUCAUACCCCGAAACCGACCUCCUAUUUGUAUGCUUUGCAAUCGAUUGCCCUAACUCUCUUGAGAACGUCAUGGACAAAUGGUACCCAGAAGUUCUCCAUUUCUGCCCAUACACCCCUCUCUUCCUCGUUGGCCUCAAGUCAGACCUCCGAACGAAAAGGACUUGCAUAGAUCUUCUGAAAACGCAGGGUCUGACUCCGGUCACUCAAGAACAAGGCAUGGGAGUAGCGCGAAAGAUGGGAGCACGGUACAUGGAGUGCAGCAGCAAGGAGAUGGACGGAGUGGAAGAGAUCUUUGAUAUUUCCAUUAACACGGUUGUCGAAAAUGACGAAAGCAAUGCGCCUGCCCAGCCACAAACUGGUGCAUCAGGACAGACUGGUGGUGGUGGUGGUGGUGGCAUGAAGAAGAGGAAGAAGCGCAGCUGUCGAAUCCUCUAA